CAGACCCCGGGCUGCCUCCUGGGGUCCCUUUCCUUGUGUCUCCUGCUGCCAUUCUGUCUCAGUCUGUGCUGGACGGUGCCUGAGCCUGGGUCUCACGUCAGUAACAGGGAGUCUGGAGUCUGCUCUCCCCUCCCAGCCUCCUGGCCCUGCCACCACCCGCCCCCCCCACUCUACCCCUUCUUCUUUAGGCUCCUGCCCCCUCACCCCACUCUGCCUCCUGAACCCAAUCCCCCUUCAAGGACUUCAGCUGGCAGGGUGGGCUGGGGGCAGCACCCGGAGAGGUGGGGUUCCCUGUGGAGGAGGGACUUUCGCUGGCUCUCCACCCUGUCUUAAGCUGCACUCCUUAUCAUAGCUCAGCCUGACCCCAGACACCCUGAGACCACACCUCCUCGAAUCCCAGCCCCUGGAUCUUCAGCCCUUUUCCUGGGAGUCCCCAACUCCUCCAGCCCCCCAGCUGGCUGCUUACCCAGCCUGGGAGAACAGGGGCCGGAUCUGGGGUUCCAUACCCUCUCGGCAUCCCACCUUCCUGUUUUCUUCCCCAGCUUCUCUGCUCAGAGUUGACUGGCUAGAGAUUUAUCAGCUUGUAGGGCUGGAGGUGUGGAUCCAUGGGAUAGCCCCAGCACCUCCACCCUUCUACCCCAGCCGGCUCAUGCCUCAGUACCCAGACACAGUGAACAGAGCCCUGGCUGGAGCCCAAACAUGUGGGGCCUGGUGAGGCUCCUGCUGGCCUGGCUGGGUGGCUGGGGCUGCAUGGGGCGCUUGGCCGCCCCAGCCCAGGCCUGGGCAGGGUCCCGCGGGGGCCCAGGACCAGUACUGCUGCGGAACCGGAGGAGCUGGGUGUGGAACCAGUUCUUUGUCAUUGAGGAAUAUGCCGGUCCAGAGCCCGUCCUCAUUGGUAAGCUGCACUCGGAUGUGGACAGGGGCGAGGGCCGCACCAAGUACCUGCUGACCGGGGAGGGGGCAGGCACUGUAUUUGUGAUUGAUGAGGCCACAGGCAAUAUCCAUGUCACCAAGAGCCUGGACCGGGAGGAGAAGGCACAGUACGUUCUGCUUGCCCAAGCCGUGGACCGAGCCUCAAACCGGCCUCUGGAGCCCCCAUCAGAGUUCAUCAUCAAGGUGCAAGACAUUAAUGACAAUCCACCUAUCUUUCCCCUCGGGCCCUACCAUGCCACGGUGCCCGAGAUGUCCAAUGUCGGGACAUCAGUGAUCCAGGUGACUGCUCACGAUGCCGAUGACCCCAGCUAUGGGAACAGCGCCAAGCUGGUGUACACCGUGCUGGAUGGACUGCCCUUCUUCUCUGUGGACCCCCAGACAGGAGUGGUGCGCACUGCUGUCCCCAACAUGGACCGGGAGACCCAGGAGGAGUUCUUGGUGGUGAUUCAGGCCAAGGACAUGGGCGGCCACAUGGGGGGGCUGUCGGGCAGCACUACAGUGACAGUCACCCUCAGCGACGUCAACGACAACCCCCCCAAGUUCCCUCAGAGCCUCUACCAGUUCUCUGUGGUGGAAACGGUGGGGCCAGGCACCCUGGUGGGCCGGCUGCGGGCCCAGGACCCAGACCUGGGGGACAAUGCCCUCAUGGCAUAUAGCAUCCUGGACGGAGAGGGGUCUGAAGCCUUCAGCAUCAGCACAGACUCCCAGGGUCGAGAUGGGCUCCUCGCUGUCCGCAAGACCCUAGACUUCGAGACCCGUCGCUCCUAUUCCUUCCGUGUGGAGGCCACCAACACCCUCAUCGACCCAGCCUACCUGCGGCGAGGGCCCUUCAAGGAUGUGGCCUCGGUGCAUGUGGCUGUGCAGGACGCCCCAGAGCCACCUGCCUUCACCCAGGCUGCCUAUCACCUGGCAGUGCCUGAGAACAAAGCUCCUGGGACGCUGGUAGGCCAGGUCUCAGCGGCCGAUCUGGAUUCCCCAGCCAGCCCAAUCAGAUACUCCAUCCUCCCCCACUCGGACCCAGAGCGCUGCUUCUCUAUCGAGCCGGAAGCCGGCACGCUCCGCACGGUGGUGCCCCUGGACCGCGAGGCUCGAGUCUGGCACAACCUCACAGUGUUGGCCACAGAGCUCGACAGCUCCACACAGGUCUCCCGUGUGCAAGUGGCCAUCCAGAUCCUGGAUGAGAAUGACAACGCUCCCCAGCUGGCUGAGCCCUAUGACACCUUCGUAUGUGAUUCUGCAGCCCCUGGCCAGCUGAUUCAGAUCAUCCGGGCCCUGGACAGAGAUGAAGUGGGCAACAGUAGCCGAGUCUCCCUUCAGGGUCCUCUGGGCCCCGAUGCCAACUUCACUGUCCGCGACAACCAAGAUGGCUCCGCCAGCCUGCUGCUGCCCUCUCGCCCUGCUCCACCCCGCCAGGCACCCUAUCUGAUUCCCAUAGAACUGUGGGACUGGGGGCAGCCGGCCCUGAGCAGCACUGCCACAGUGACUAUCAGCGUGUGCCGCUGCCGACCCGAUGGCUCUGUGGCCUCCUGCCGGCCCGAGGCUCAGCUCUCACCCACAGGGCUCAGCACUGGGGCCCUGCUUGCCAUCAUCACCUGCGUGGGCACCCUGCUUGCCCUGGUAGUGCUCUUUGCGGCCCUGCGGAGGCAGAAGCAGGAGGCACUGAUGGUGCUGGAGGAGGAGGACGUCCGCGAGAACAUCAUCACCUAUGACGACGAGGGCGGUGGCGAGGAGGACACGGAAGCCUUCGACAUCAGCGCCCUGCAGAACCCCGACGGGGCGGCCCCGCCGAACCCCGGGCCACCAGCACGCCGCGACGUCCUGCCCCGGGCCCGGGCACCCCGCCAGCCCAGGCCCCCCGGGCCCGCCGACGUGGCCCAGCUCCUGGCACUGAGGCUCCGUGAAGCGGACGACGACCCCAGCGUGCCACCCUACGACUCGGUGCAGGUGUACGGCUACGAGGGCCGCGGCUCCUCCUGCGGCUCCCUCAGCUCCCUGGGCUCCUGCAGCGAGGCCGGGGGCGCCCUGGGCCCUGCUGAGCCGCUGGACGACUGGGGGCCGCUCUUCCGCACCCUGGCCGAGCUGUACGGGGCCAAGGAGCCCCCGGCCCCCUGAGACCCGCCCCGGCCCUGCCUGCUGCGUGGUGGGGCAGCCCGCACAGGCCCUCUGAGUGAGCCCCCGGUCCACCCCAGGGCCCAGGCAGGCGGCAGCAGCCCGCGGGAGAGCCCCCCAGGCCUCCUCUGGCCUGUGUCCCUCCUCCCAGCUUCCCCAGGGCAACCUCCUUCUUACCUCCCUCCUCCUGAGUGGUCUGUUUGUCUCCCUCCAGGAUCUGUCUCUCUCUGUAGCACUCUCCUGUCUAGGUCUGGAUUGUGUGGCUCGACUCUGAAUCUCUCCGUUCUUUCACUGUGAUUCCACUCUCUCCGUGACUCUGUGUUCGUCUGCCGGAUUCUAAAUCUCUCACACACCUUCUCUCUGUCUCCCUUGCCCACACACAUGCUCUGUGUCUGUCUUCUGCCCACAUCUGCCUGCAUUCUCUCCGGGUCCCUAUGACUGGCUUUUUCAGUUUUUUUCUGUUGUCCAUCCCAAAAGCAAGAGAAACUUCCAGCCACUGCUGCCCACCCUCCUGCGGGGGGAUGUUCGGCCCCAGACCUGCCCGCAUGGUUCCAUCCAUCACUCAUGGCCUCAUCCUGGCUCCACUGGCCUCCAGCAGAGAGAGGAUGCCAGCCCACCUCCCAGGGCCAGAGCUCCAGCCCCCCACAUGGCCGCCUCCCUGGAGCUCUGCCCGGCUGUUGGCCUGCCCUGGGCAUCCCAGCUCUGGGCAUUGUCUUGUGUGCUUCCCAGGCCCCAGGGGGAGGGGUGGGAAAGGAAAGGGGGAGGCAGCUGGG